CCCCACUGCAGGGGAUCAAAGUUUUGCAUACAAAUAUACACUGGACCAGAAAAGUUUACAUUUACAUGUAAGCUUUCUGACAUAGCACUGAUUCAAAAUCUCCCAGGGGCUGGGGUGGGUUUAGGUAGGAGCCACAAGAGGGAUUAAAGUUUUACAUUCGAAUAUGUAGGGAAAAUCAUUCUGAGAAUUUCACACUUUUUAAAUGGCAUAAAUAGUAGGUUUAUGUCUUUUUGAUGCGGCAUAAACCUAUAGCAUUUGGCAUACACCUGACCAAAACUCCAUGCAGGGAAUGCAUCACAUUUCUCUCCCCUCAAAAUUCAACCAUACUCGUCUGUUCAGCCAUUGUGGCUUGAAUUCACGUUUUCUUUUUCAUAUAGCUUGUGUUUUUCUUGUUCUGAUUUUUUUGUUUGUUUGACACCAUUUGGUUUAAUACCGGACUUUGUGCCAUCAAAAUAUUUUAACUGCAGAACCAUUUACACGUCAUUUGUUGACCUUCACCUCAAAUUAUAUUUGCUAAGUCAGACGUAUAUUAUUUUCUUUUAACAUUCUUGCAAUAUUUGAAUAUUUGCGAAAUAAAGAAAAAAAGGACAACUCUUGUUAUAUUGUUAGGGAAAAUUUCAAUUUAAAAAUCGAUCCCAAUAAAAUUCAUCAAUGCAGAUAAAAAAAACAUCGACAUUUAAAGACAUACGAAUCAUACGCUGAACAAUUUGUCUAGAACACGUCAUAAUCUUCAAACCACUUACACACUUAAGUCGUAUAUUUUAAAAUCAAUGGGAGCACAAUCCAGGUCCCAAAAUAGAUUUUGACGAUUGUAAGGGAAAAUAUUUAUUUUAAGUGCAUUAUCACACACGUACCAUAAUUAUUUCUUUGUUUCUUGGAAUUUGGCAUAGACAAUUCGGGAUAUCUUAUUUGCACAUGACAUGGUACAACCUCAUUUGGCAUAGCCGCGGUCUAUCGGUUAAAUUCUGAGACUGGAAAAUCUUUAAAUAUGGGUUAAGGUGACUCGGGUGAGCAAUGUGGCUCAUGGGCCUCUUGUUUUUUGAAUAUCCUACAGUUCCCAUAUCACUGCAUAGAUGAAUUCAAUACUUUAGUUUUUCCACAGGUGAUAGCAGUUAGAUUUAUCAGCAUCACAAGAUAACAGCUAGAUCUACCAACAUCAGAAGGAGAGAAGAAUGGAAAACAUGUGGUGGUUCAUACUGGACUUUCAUGAGGUCUUGCAGAACUGAGAAAAGGAAGUCGACGUCAAAGUGGUAAUGUUCCUAUCACACAUAAAGUGAUUGUAUUCUUAAAGACCCAGACCCUCCACAUCAUGGCCACACUAGGACUCAGUACUCAGCUAAAAGUACGACAAUGUUCUCAAUGUCAGAGGGACACUGAAUUUUACUGUAACACAUGUAAACGUGAUCUGUGUUUACAGUGUAAAAAGAAACAUGUCAUUGAUCUACAUACCAAACACCAUGACGUUGUGAUUUACCGUGAGAAGUUUAACUACAUCCCCAGACAAGAGAUCUGUGUCAGACAUCCAGACAGGUUCUAUGAAAUGUUCUGUCAGUCGUGUGAACUUUCUGUCUGUUUCCGAUGUUUAGAGCACCGAAAACACCAAAUACUGGAUCUUAGAACAGCCUAUCAAACAAAGCGACAACAACACCGAGAAAUCAUUGACAACAUCAGAAGUGAGACUCUCUAUAACUGUCGUGUUCUCCUGGCAGGAAUCCAAACUGAUAUCCAAACUUGUCCCCCACAAAUCUGUCACCGUCAAUCACAGAUGUCAACAAAAGCCCAGAGACUGAAGGAUCUGAUUGACACUGUGGUAUGUGAUGUUAAAACAAGAUACCGAGGUUUAUUGAUUGAUAGAAUACAACAACAGAAGAGAAAAAUGAACAGACAACUUGUUCACCUACAGAACUAUGAAGACAGAUAUGAACAAUCAGCAAACAGAGCGGUACAAUUCCUCUUGUUUAUAAAGACCAGUCGUGUCCCCCAGAUAAAGAACAGUCCUAGUCAGUUAUUGAGUGUCAUCACAGAAAUCCAAAUGACAACAGGAAAACGACAAGUAGGAAUAGACGAGUGUGUGAAACUGAUGUCCACACCUGUAUUACACACGUCUGUCUGUGUGACAGGUGUUAGUCAUGUGAUACACAUAUCUCGUGUGAUGUCAGACCGGGUCUGGGUCUCUGAUUAUGACAAUCUCAUCUUGACAGACACAACAGGAGACACUAUACACCGUGUGACAGAUAUAGCAAGGUAUGGAGGAGUACACACAGUGAACAGUUCUGGUGAACUGAUUUAUAUAGACAAGAAACGUAACAUCAACAAACUGUCUACAGACAAUAAAACAGUCACCAGACUGAUACAGAGUACAUCACCAUGGGAACCACGGUGUGUGUGCUGCUCCCCGUCCACUGGAGAUCUGAUGGUGGCGAUGCGUAACAUUGAUACAGAUACAGGCAAGGUAACCCGGUACAACAGUAGUGGUCAACACAUCCUGACCAUAGAACACGACAACACAGGUCACACACUGUAUAGUGUUCCUUAUUAUAUCACAGAGAACAAUAACGGUGAUAUCAUUGUGUCUGACUUGUCACGUGAUGCUGUAGUGGUGACAGAGCGCGGGGGCAGACAUCGAUUCUCCUACACAGGACCUCCAUCAGGAUCAUCACUACGACCACUAGGAAUCUGUACAGACGCGCUGUCACACAUCCUGGUGUGUAAUUGGAACACCCACACAGUACAGAUGAUUGACAAGGACGGUCACUUCCUCUCUCUGUUACUGACACGACAACACGGGAUAAACAGACCACGCAGCCUGAACUAUGAUGAUAAAACUCACCUUCUCUGGGUCGGAUCAUACAACACAGUGUCUGUAUAUAGAUAUCUACAGAGGAGGUACUCUCUGACUGACUAUCCAGACAGUGUGGACGAGGACUCCAAAGAAGAAUCUGACUCUGAUGACGAGGACGCCAGAGAAGAAUCUGACUCUAAUGAAGAGGACGCCAGGGGGAAAUCUGACUCUGAUGACGAGGAUGCCAGGGGGAAAUCUGACUCUGAUGACGAGGAUGGCAGGGGGACAUCUGACUCUGAUGACGAGGAUGCCAGGGGAGAAGCUGAUCCUAAAACAUGUUGCCAGCGGUGUAUCUUGGUGUAGAUAUGACUUACGAUUACCAUUACCCUUCCUUCAGCCAAUGAAUCUGGUCUACAUUUCCUGAUCAAGGGAUGGCAGACAUUGCCUACAUUUCCUCAUCUACACUGAUGGUGGACGCUCAUUACAUUUCCUCAAGUAGUGAUGGUGGACAUUGAUUACAUUUCCUCAUCUAGUGAUGGCGGACAUUAAUUACAUUUCCUCAUCAAGUGAUGGUGGACACUGAUUACAUAUCCUCAUCUAGUGAUGGUGGACAUUGAUUACAUUUCCUCAUCUAGUGAUGGUGGACACUGAUUACAUUUCCUCAUCAGUGAUGGUGGACACUGAUUACAUUUCUUCAUCUAGUGAUAGUGGACAUUGAUUACAUUUCCUCAUCUAGUGAUAGCGGACAUUAAUUACAUUUUCUUAUCUAGUGAUGGUGGACAUUGAUUACAUUUCCUCAUCAAGUGAUGGUGGACACUGAUUACAUUUCUUCAUCUAGUGAUAGUGGACAUUGAUUACAUUUCCUCAUCUAGUGAUAGCGGACAUUAAUUACAUUUUCUUAUCUAGUGAUGGUGGACAUUGAUUACAUUUCCUCAUCAAGUGAUGGUGGACACUGAUUACAUUUCCUCAUCUAGUGAUGGUGGACACUGAUUACAUAUCCUCAUCUAGUGAUGGUGGACAUUGAUUACAUUUCCUCAUCUAGUGAUGGUGGACAUUGAUUACAUUUCCUCAUCUAGUGAUGGUGGACACUGAUUACAUUUCCUCAUCUAGUGAUGGUGGACAUUGAUUACAUUUCCUCAUCUAGUGAUGGUGGACACUGAUUACAUUUCCUCAUCUAGUGAUGGUGGACAUUGAUUACAUUUCCUCAUCUAGUGAUGGUGGACAUUGAUUACAUUUCCUCAUGUAGUGAUGGUGGACAUUGAUUACAUUUUCAUUUCAGCUCGAUGUGAUAUAUGGUUAUUUUUAAGAAAUAUUAAAUCAUGUAUUUUCAUAGAA